AUGAAGUCCGCUAUUUCUGGUAACCUCUCUCCACGCUAUGAAUCAGCUGCAAUAUGUAUAAUUAUUGAUAAAUGUAGCUUUCUUGAUCCAAGAUUCAAAGCGAACUAUGUUGCUGACACAGAUCUAGUCAAGUCUAACGUAUUGACAGAAAUGUUAAAGCAACAUGACCAACAUCGAGGUGAGUCAGAUGAUGCUGAUGAUCAUCGUUUAACUAUUAACCCACAACAAGACUCACAAGAGUCACUCGAACCACCACUACCCAAAAAGGCAAAAGGUCUUACAGCUAUUUUAAAUAAGCUUCCAAGGUCAAAUGUUUCCAAUCAGGGAACUGUUCCUCUAAGAGCAAGGGCGGAAAAAGAGAUGGAUAACUAUUUGGCGCAACCGUGUAUAGAGACAGAUAGUAAUCCACUUUUGUGGUGGAAAAACAAUUGCGUAUAUUUUCCUCUUCUUGCUGUAAUGGCCAAAAAGUAUCUUUGCAUUCCAGCAACAAGUGUACCGUCAGAACGUGUAUUCAACAAGGGAGGGAUUAUUGUAAAUGCUUUUCGUAGUAGGUUGAAACCACAACAUGUUAAUAGUCUAGUUUUCCUUUCAAAAAACAUGGAAUAA